AUGCCAAAUCAUUUCAAUUUAAAUAAUGCUAACUCAAAACAAUCUAAUUAUUUUAGCCUAAUGUAUGAUAUAUUACAACUAUUACAUUUUUCAAGAAGAAUUCCUAAUUUAUAACUGAUUCCAUUAAUUAUACAAUAAUUAUAUCCUUCUAAUCUCCUAUCCUAACCAAAAUAAUUACAGAAAUUAAAAAUUCAUUAAGGUUGUAUCUUCUGCUUACUAAUAUGUCGUAAUUGUGAAAAUAUAAUCCUUUCUGGAAAUUUAGAUUUUACUUUCAAAUUUUGGUCUUAACAUUCUAAAAGGUCCUGCUAGUAAACUAUUAAUUCAGAAACUGCAUGA